AUAUUGACAUAAAAUUCACAGAGCUACCAGAAAAUUUACAGUAUAAAGACAACAAAGAACAAAAUCAACAGAACUUUUACAGUUUAAAGAUAAAGAAGUAGACCCCUUUAGUUCUUUGUAUCUGUUGGUUGAGCCUUAUUCAUCUGAAUUUCAUCCAUUUUUCUGUCUAAAUUCAAAAAGGGUGCAUAGCUCCAAAGUUGGUAAAUUUCAAAAACUUUUGGAAUUUUGCAUUCACACAGGCAAAAUAGCAAAUAAUGGUCGCGAGCUAUGGAGAACUUUGAAGUAGGGGAAAUACCAUGUCGAAUUUCUUAGAGGGGAUCAAACAUUUAGGUGCUUCCCUGUUGAAGUGUUGUGAUAGGCAAUCAACGGGCCUUGAAGAUCCUGAGAUUCUUGCACGAGAGACAGUUUUUAGCGUCAGUGAGAUCGAAGCUCUUUAUGAGCUUUUUGAGAAGAUUAGCAGCGCUGUGAUCGAUGAUGGGCUGAUCAACAAGGAAGAGUUUCAAUUGGCACUAUUCAAGACAAACAAAAAAGAGAGCUUGUUUGCUGACAGGGUGUUUGACUUGUUUGACACAAAGCACAAUGGACUCUUGGGUUUUGAGGAGUUUGCGCGUGCACUCUCUGUUUUCCAUCCAAAUGCCCCUAUCGACGAUAAGACUGAAUUUUCUUUUCAGCUAUAUGAUCUCAAGCAACAAGGCUUCAUCGAGAGGCAAGAGGUGAAGCAAAUGGUGGUUGCUACCCUUGCUGAGACUGGUAUGAACCUUUCAGAUGAGAUUAUUGAGAGCAUAAUCGACAAGACUUUUGAAGAAGCUGAUACUAAACAUGACGGGAAGAUUGAUAAGGAAGAGUGGAGAAAUUUGGUCCGGCACCAUCCUUCACUUCUGAAGAAUAUGACCCUUCAGUAUCUUAAGGACAUAACGACUACAUUCCCAAGUUUUGUCUUUCACUCGAGAGUUCCGGAUACCUGAUAUGGAUUGCCAAAGCUGAAUUGCCUACAGAAGUAGUCUUAUACUUGAGAGUUGCAGUUCGACUAAGAAACUAAGUAUUAUUUUAGCUCAACUUUUUUUAAGUUCAACAUUUUCAUGAUUUGUUAUUCUUUUCGAGGGCAGUGGGGUUGUGUAUUGUUGUUACCACUGCACAAAUGCUAAGUUCCCUUGUUGAUGUUGUGCAUCAUUGUAAUUUAAUUUGCUUAUUGUAGCUCAUUAUUUGGAAGUCUUUUGGCAUGAGAUGAGUUUAAAUGGAGAAAUAUGGUUAGUGAGGAUGAUUCAUAUUUAA